AUGUCGUCUCCGGCGAAUACAUCACAAGCUGGGCGAGAGGCUUCGGCCAAUGGAAGCGCAACGAGCAAUGUGGACGAUAAACCGAGACUUUCAGAGCAUGAGAAGAAGGCGAACCAUAUCGCGUCUGAGCAAAAGCGACGUCAGGCCAUUCGAGAAGGGUUCGACAGACUUACCGAACUGGUGCCAGGAUUAGAAGGACAAGGCAGGAGCGAAAGCAUCGUGCUGAAUAAGACGGUUUCAUACAUGCGACAACAACUACGAGAACGCGAGCAACUGGUGGAGAGGAUUGAGCAACUGGGGGGAAGCGUGAAUGAUGGAUUCAAAAAAUAA